CACGUUUCCCAGAUUCCUCCGAAAUGCGGUCCGGGGCAUUUGAAGUCGUUGGUGUUGUGAUGGAUUCAAUGUUGUGCAAUUUUAGUUUCUCUGUUAUUGAUUAAAGAGGCGACUUCUCUUCGAAUUCAGCGGAUUGAUGUUGGAUUCGAUUUUUAUUUCCGGCUUUAUGGCAGCGAUGUCAAGGACAGUCUAUUUAGUGCGUCUCGAAGGAAAAUCUAGAUGAGGGAAGUUCGGGUUUAAAGGUUUUCAGAGAAUCACAAGGGAAUGAAAUGGCAUUUUAUAUCAAGCCACCACAAGGCACAGUUUCUCUCUACAAACUCUGGGAAGAAGCUGAAGUCCGACUGCAAUAUCUAGUUCAGAUCAACCAGCACUGGGGCGAUGCAACCAAAAUCAGCCGGAUCCUCACCGACAGCCCAAGCAUAGCAUCCAAGUCGGAGUGUCUCAUCGAGGGAUCACGCAAGGAUCAGAUCUCACACUUCAUUCUAAGAUUUGCUUGUAUUGAGAGCAGGCAGUUACAAGAUUUUUUCAUCGAAGCAGAAACCCAACUGUUUGAAUAUCGACUAAAAUGUGGUGGCACUGAAAUAUUUGUCCGCUGUCUAACUGCACUAAAGCGACACCUACAUCAUUCUUUGAAGUACCAGAAAUUGUCUUUGCCUCAUGAGAUAUGGUUGCAGGAAUUGCUCAGAAUUAUAAGGCAGAUCAUUACUUCAGGAAUGAUACUUUGCAGUGAAAGACAGAACUGUAGUCACUGUCUUAGAGUUCCUUGGACAAUGGUGCCCAUUAUGGUGAAGAAUCACAUGGUAGAUAUUAAGAAGGGAGAAGCAGAGAUUAAAUGUCAGCAUUUAUUGCCUCUCCUGUGCUCUGUUUUUCAAGGAACUUUGGAAUUUGGAAUAAAACAGCUGUCUCUCUAUGGGGGGGAUUUAUUUGAUGAUAAAAGGCUAGAGUCAGUUAGGAGGAGUCUCUAUAAAAUAUACAGAAAAAUACAGAGUAAUGGCUUAACGCUUCGAAAACUUACUCUUACUCACAGGGACAUUGAAACAGAGGCCCAUUUCUUUCCCCUUUGCAUGCAACAAUUACACAGCAUUUUAUUAAGAAACAAUCGCUUGAGACACCAUGAAAGAUUUAAGUACACCCUCUUUUUGAAAGAUAUAGGUUUGCCACUAACAGAGAAUAUACGCUUUUGGGAAGAUUUUUACUCAAAGCCUCACUGUACGCCUGCAAGUGGCUGCACUCAUUCUUGGGCUGGAAACGACAGAAAACGCUAUGUGUAUAGUGUCAAGCAUCUGUAUGGACUGGAAGGAGGCAGGAAGAACUAUGCGUCCCAUUCAUGUCCUUCUCUUCAAGCAUGUCACCCUCAACCAACUGAGGUGAGAGGCUGUCCAUUCACUUCAACAAGUGCAGAGGAAGUUUCUACAUUAAUCAAGAAAUUUGUCCCUCACAGUAAAAAUAUUCUGGACAAUGUAAUGAAGGAGGUGGUAUUAGGUAGACCAAGUGCUGCCUGCCAGUUAGUAUUUGCCUUUCAGGUGUUCAUACACAGACAGAGCAGUCAAUCUUGUGAAAGUGAAACUUCCAGUAAGGUGGCAAAUGAAUCUGUACCUGAAAGGGAAAACUUCCGUAAUCCUUUGAACCUCAGUAAUGAAAGUAAAGAAUUACAGGAUAUUUCUAUGCAUACAAACAAAGAUCAUGAAGAAUGGAAACCAAAACUAAAUUCAUCAGGCUUUGGCAGUAAAGAUUGCAGUAGAAGUGGUGAUGCAAGGGCUGUGAUUAGAUCUGAAAACAUCAAAUAUGACUGCAAGGGUAAAAAAGACUGCAGUUCUUGCCAUAGUUUUAGCACAGGCCCAAAAACUGGUUCAGAACACCACAGUGAAAGCAGUGGUAUCAUUUUGUGUGACAUAGAAGAUCUGUAUAGUCUCCUGCCAGCCUGCAGUUUCACCAGACCUUCUCAUUACUAUUUGUCUAUGAAGCAGGAACAAGGUGUAAUACAGAGUAAUAACUGAAUUUGUAGGGGAAGAGGUGCUUGAGCUGCUUCUGUUCUGUUGCUCAUUUAUUGAUCAUUCAUAAUGCAUUUACUUUUUAUGGUGCAUGUUGACACAGGUUUCAUGUGAACCAAAGGCUUUGUAUACAGUAUAGAGUUAGGCCUUUGUAAUUUUUUGAGAUGAAUAUUUAAAGAUAAAUGGAGGAAAUGGUAAACUUUUUUCCUAUUUAACUUACUUUCAAAACAGAUCUUCUAUCUUCCAUCAUUUAAAGAAUUUUUUACUAGGAUUUUGUUUAUGGAAGCUUAAAUGAGCAAUAUUGCUGUGCAUUUAAGUCCAAUCCAAAUACAGAUAGUCCCCUACUUAAGAACAUUCUACUUAUGAACAUUCCAUACAUACGAACAAAAUUUUUAAAAUACUAAAGUCAAAAAAAUUGUUUGAAAGAUGGUAGCAAACUUCAAAUUUCCCGGGCGCGAAUAUAGUUCACAAGUCUGCCACGCUGUGGUGCUGCCGCGCUCACUCAGCUGUGCACAUCACUCGCCUCAGUCGCCUGCCACUUCAAUAUAUUUUCUUUUUGAAUAAUUUAUGUUUCUACAUUAAAGUUGUAUGAAUCACCAUCAAAUAAUAUUAAAAGCAUUACAUAUUACAGGUAUUGGGAUUUAUUUACAGGUAUUCUUAAUGUAAAUGAAACUUUAAAACAAUUGGAAAAAAGGUAAUGGAGACCAUACUUUCAACAUACAAACAAAUCGACUUACAAACAGCCUCUCAGUCCCCAUUAUGUUCUUAAGUUGGGGACUUACUGUACUUUUAAAUUAGAUGAUCCCAAAAUUAGAUUUUACAAAAGUUUUCAUGUAUACAUGUCUUGCUUGUCAAAAUGUAUCCCAGAAUUUUAGAAUCCUGAAUUAAAAACCCUGUUACAGAACUUUGCAUCUGGCUCACAGGAUUGAAUCCGUGUCUGUAUUUGUUAUCUUUCAUGUUAUUUCUGUUCUAUUCAUUGUUGUUUCUUCAUUUAUUUGUAAUAUGAAAUAAAAUGGGCUUCCAUAAGGAUUUAAAUUUUCUAUGUAAUUGCUACAGUUUCUGUUAUAUUAUGGCAAGGAAUUCAUGUAGGGCAUAAUAUAUGUUAGGUUUUCUAUACAUCUGUGAAAUUAUUUUUUGAAGGUUCAUAUCUUCUAACCUUUGUAAAAUGAAGUGUCUGUUACCAAUCAAGAUAAUUUAUUUGUUAGCAGAAACUUGAUUAUAUUUGAUGAGGAUGGAGAUUGUCUUAUUUGAUUACAUUUAAAGCAGAAUAUUCUGUAAUGCAUUGAGGAGGGUUUGAAAUUGUGGGACUCAGUGCCUUUUUUAUAGUACAAAAAAUAUAUAGACUAUAUAUUAUUUCUAGUAUUGCUCAAUAAUAUGUACUGGUAUAUUCACAAUUGUUUGUAUUAAUAUAGGUAUCAUUAUUUCUGUCCAGAAUCAGUUUUUAUAAAGAGUGAUGUAACAGGGAGAAUAUGCAUUUCUCAUUUGGCUUUUGCAUGUGUAAUAGCUGUGUUACUGUCUUUUCCAAAUUGUAUUUAAUUAUAACAAGUACCAAAGAAUCAAUUAAGAUACAA